GAAAUGUUACCACCAGAAAUUCAACUUACGAUUCGGAUUACAGAUCAUGAUAUUGGUUAUAAUGCUUCAAGUUUGGUUAAGUGAAGGAGUUUUACCGAAAAAGGCAUCACAGUUGAACGCAUCAACGGUGGACAGUUUUGAACGUGUUGGGUGUUUCAGGGAUAAAAACCAGCGCGCUUUGCCCAAAUUACUGCACACAUUUUUGGUAGAUUGGAGAGACAUGAACAACUCAUUUUCAAGUAUUAUUCGCGCAUGCGCUGUAAAUGUUUCUAAAGCCGGAUUUCGUUAUUUUGGUAUCCAAAAUUAUAAGGAAUGCUGGAGCGGAGUCAAUGGAAGCAUUACUUACGACAAGUAUGGAAGACACAACAAUUGUUUUCUAUCCUAUGGAGUGGGAACCCCUUGGUCAAACUUUGUCUAUCGCUUUGUGGAAGUGAAUGGUAGCUGGAGUCAUUGGACACCAUGGCAACCGUGCAAUCCGACUUGUGGCGGAGGAACAAGAUCACGUGUUCGAACAUGCACCAAUCCGAGGCCCAAAUGGAACGGACUGGAUUGCGACGGAAGCAGUUUUUCUAACGGAAGCUGCAAUUUUCACAAUUGUGCAGACAAUGACAAGAAUGUGACUCACAGUGAACCCUUCUCUAUGAGGUCAUCUUUGCCACUGGUUGCUCUAUGGUUGGGAAUUUCACUUGUGGUUCUCCUGUGUUUUAGUGGAAUAUUAUGGAUCACUUUGAAAUUUUUCAGAAAACGUCGGUCCAACUCAGAGCUCGUGGAUCCAUGGGAAGUUGUUUUUGACGACAUUUCUUUGUGUAAGAUAAUUGGAGAAGGAGCCUUUGGAAAAGUGUACAGCGCUGAGUUGAAUAAAGAGGUGGAAACAGGAAACGAAGGAAAAUCUUCCGCAGAUAAGAAGAACAAGGGAAAACCUCCAAAGCAAAACUGUCGGAUUGUUGCAGUGAAAAUGUUACGAAAUGGUGCAACAGAGGAACAGAAGGAAGAAUUCUUGGAGGAGAUGCAACUCAUGAAACAAAUUGGAUAUCACCGUAAUGUGCUGAAUUUAUUGGCCUGCUGUACUAAGACUGCUCCCAUGUUUCUGGUGGUUGAAUUUGCCAAGCAUGGUGAUUUACUCAACUUUCUCCGGAAAAGGAGGGAUCAGAUUAAACAGGCAAUUGAGAAUAUGGAUGCAGUAGAAGUCUACCACCCACAAUGCUAUAACUUAGGACUUAGUACCAGUGAAAUAAACCUGUAUGACUCUACUGACGAUAUAGAUAAAUACGCUAAAGGUCUUGGAAGCUUUCGCAACAAAUAUGGAUAUGGAAGUAAUCUGAAAACCAACCCUCGAGAAUUACAUGAUCAUGAAGAUGACACUCUCAGACCCACUGACCUUUUGACUUUUGCUUGGCAAAUAGCGCAGGCAAUGGAUUUUUUGUCACGCAAAGGAUUUGUCCAUCGUGACUUAGCAGCAAGAAAUGUUCUGGUCUGUGAAGGCAAGUUGUUGAAGGUAGCAGACUUCGGACUGUCACGUUACGUGUACACAGAGAAAGUCUACCACUCCACAAAAAAUAAAAAGCUGCCAAUCAAAUGGAUGUCACCGGAAGCCAUUCAUGAUCAGAUUUUCACGACAGAAAGCGACGUAUGGUCGUACGGAGUCUUACUCUGGGAGAUGGCCACAAUUGGUGGUACUCCCUAUCCCACAAUCAGUAAUCAAAGACUUCUUAAAGCUUUGAAUUCCGGACACAGGAUGGAAAAACCACAGAUCUGUUCUGAUGACAUGUAUGAUCUGAUGCGGCAAUGUUGGAAGGAAAAGCCCUCGGAGAGGCCAUUGUUCAGCUCCAUCCGGGAACAGCUUGAACGAAUGAUGUUACACCAAUGUUCCUAUCUGGACUUAAGCGAUGCAAACUAUAGUCACAUGCCGUUUUCUGACACUGAUAGUGACAAGGAAACGAUGCAGAAAAACACUGCCUUCUAAAUUUGAUGCAAGACCCUUCCUUUUUUUAAAACAAAAAAAAACAGGUUCCAACGAGGAACCAGCUUAGCUUCCUGCUAAAAAUGCAGGGAUUCAUGCCCUAUAAUAUUCUAUCUCACAGAGACAGGGAUAAUUAAGACCAUGAAAAUCCUUACCCAAGUUCUCAACCCGAUCGAUCGUCAUUCCUUUGAAAUGACUAGGUUUUGUAAAUGAGAACUAAAAAUUCAACUUUAAUUUUCAUUUAAAGUUCAUAUUAGACCCCUUAAAAAUUAUUUUCAUUUGGGCAUGAAUAAUGCCAAGAAAUAUGGCCAUUUUAAUUCUGUUCCCUUCUUUAGGUCUAUUUUUACAAUUCGAGGUUUGUUCACCCUAGGAUAGGAUUAUAUCACGGUCUUUAGUAGUUUCCCAGUUUUUGCGACUGCUUCGCUUGCGAAGGUAAACACUAGGCUAUGACAAAAAUCAAUUGUCCGAGCUAUUUGUGAAUUAAGUACUCUGUCGAUAGCAAUCAUCAAUCGAUAAUCUUCGCUACCGAAGUAGCGAUGGACUUUAUUGAAAUGUUUGCCUUGCGUAGAGGUUCCUGGAUUCGGUCUUAGCAGAACAGCAGCAAGGAAAAGGGGAGUAAAUUAGUAAUUCAAUAAAUGUCGUCCAAGCCACAAACCAUCUAGACUUAACAAUAUUAAAAAGCUUUUGCGUUGCUUGAAGAAACGAAGGUCUCGACGAAAUAUAAUCUCCAUGCCAUGCGACCCUUUAGCAAUAGACACAUACACGCAUUACGUACCUAUUUAUUUGCUUGUUUUCAAUAACUACUUCAACCUGGCGCUGUCCGACCCAUACGUGUGUGUUACUAUGUGUAUAAUCACGCUUUUAGAAAUAGGAGAACCGGUUGCGACGUAAACAAGUUGCCAUAUUUAUCAUUCUCAUUCUCUAAGCUUCCUAGAUCCUGUUGUUAAUUAGUUAUUGAUGAGAGUUUUCCUGGUUGUAGUAAAAAGAAGUUCCUGGUAAUCGAUGAAAGGAGCCAAAAGCCAUGGGCCUUUUACGUUUCAUAAGUCUGGUUGGUUUUAUAUCGUCUUACAGAAUGCCCACAGAAUGCAUCAGUGUCAGGUCAAAGCAGACAUUUUCAAGUUAAGAAUGGAUGUGCUAGUUUAAAGGUGGUUGAUGGAUUACUGAAUGUCGAUCCUGCGAUACCGCAAGCUACUUGGUUCCAGACUCCAUCUGUUGUAGAAAUUGGAGCAGGUCAGUCUGAAACAAUCCGUUGAGGACACUAACAAUGCGAUUGAUGUUUGUAUGGUCACUACCAAGCCCUCGGCCGGGUUAUUCACCUAAAAAAAUUUAAAGGAGCAGCUAAAAGGGAGGCACGGCCUAAACUUUGACAAUCUAAGAAAAACCAUGAAUUUCGUUCGGCAGUUGGAUAUUCUUGCAGAUACAGUUUACAUCAAGGGAGUUAUUUCCCUUCAUGAAGUCAAAACUGUAAGAUGUUUGCAAGAGAGUUGAUUUCUUUCCGUGGAAGUAAGAUGGAUCUCUGCGCCGAACUGGAUUCAGGUUUAUAGAGAUUCAAUCACGCCAGGAAAAGAUGGAGAAAAUGGAAAAUCUGGCAUCGCUGGACCACAGGGUAUGCAACUUAUAGCGCUGGCCUGCAUAGAAACUGUUCGACGAAGGUGCAAGUAACUCGUGCGCGCGCGAGAGAACAGAAUCAGUAACACUUCGCGCGCGGGACUUCUUGCGCGCGAGCAUCGGGUUGAAUCACCCUUGCCUGCAUCAAGCGCUUACUUUGAAAGUUAAAUCAGUCCAGAUUUUGGGUGUGCGCAAGUGAAGAGGCCCUAAGAACUCCAAUUUUUUUUUCACAUCAUUAAGUUUUUCAGUUAUUUUCUCACUCUUCGAGGAAACAGUCUUCUUCUUAUUAAUCAGUCCACAUACACUGUGAUCACAUCUUUGGGUACCUGGAGUUGAUUUCGAACGACCGAAAUGGACACAAGGGACAAGAUGGAGGCAAUAGAGCUGCAGCGAGCGAUAGCAGAGAUGUGUGAUCACGGGAGCAGCCUCAAGAGUAAAGACCACGCUAAACCACUGUCGAUUUUUUUUACCACAAUAUCGACGUUAAAUAGUGACGAUUCUUUCAGUGCGUGACACGUUGCGUGACACAUUGACGCGAGCAGUGUUGUCUAUACUAUAAUCGUCGCCGGAAAAUUGGCCAGUCAGAUUGCCACAUUACUGUUAAUUGUGGUAAAAUCAAUGAAAGAUCACAGCUGACGUCAAAAGGUGCAGGAACAUAAAAGUGUCACGCAAGGCGCAGCUGAGUGUAUUACUGAUGUUCUCAUCAUAUAGUCAUCUGUGAUGAUGCAUUCUUAACGCUCCCAGGGCAGCACGGAAUCAAUUCCUUUUACCUCAUUGAAGUCGUUGGUGGCUAAGCUUCGAACUUUCUCAACAAUUUUUCCAGCGACCAGAUGAGAGUGUUUCUGAGAGUGUUUGCCGUGGUCAUGCUUGUAAGACAUGUCAUCAUCGUAAACAUUAUGGACUACCCGGCAUCCGGGGAACACGUGGAUACAAAGGAGCGAAUGCUGGGAUACCUGACGUCAGAAGAAAGCUGGGUUUCUUGGGGAAGAAAAGCUACGAAAUUUUUGGAAGGAACGUCCUGUUUGCUCCACGCGUCAAGUGGGAAGCCCAAGAAGGAUCUGUAGAGAAUGUCAUGGAGGUGGCUAAAAUUUACGAAGAAGCGUUUAACGAUAUCAUGUCUACAGUGCUAAAAAACCAAGAUUUUGAAGAAUGCCUCAGCUUUUGCAUGAAUAAGGAUGAUUCUCGUUGGUAUGAGAUGUGCAGUCAUCCUCUGAAUCCGAGCGGGAGUCAAUGCCAAGACAAACUCCUCGGAAUGGAGGAAUGCAAGAGUCCGUUUGGUAUCUACGAGCUGAAGAUUCCGGUUCUGUCCUCGUGUACCGGUUCACAAGAGCCGUUACAAAAGACCGAACAAUACACAACAGCUAACC